UGACCUGAGCAAAAUCAGGAACUGUCAGCGUAGAGAGAACCGUCAGUGAGGGGUAAUAAAGACCUCUAGAGGCAUUUGUCACCAUUUCACUUUCCUUUCCCUAAUUUUAGUGUAACAGAAGAAAAAAAUAACAAAGGAUAAGUUUACUUUUCCAACUUUUGUUCUUAAUGUAACAGAGAGAAAUAUAGUUAGAGCUAUAUGCGUGAGAAGAUUAUACAUCACAGAAUGGAGGGUUGUGUCAUUUCAUCAUCUUCAGAUGAAAUUGGUGCGUAUGAUUCAGUUUUCCGACCGCAAUAUGAUUUUUACCCAUACAUAACUAGUGAUGCAGAUGGUCAUAUGGAAGGUGGAUGGGACUACCACUCUGAUCACACUCACCAGAGUGAGCUGGAGAUCGCUUCGAGUGGUCACUUCACUGAACUACACCCUGCCACUUACUACUAUGGUGAUUUGGAGUCUUAUCACCCACCUCUGGAUUCAGGCCUGGGGCCUUUUGUGCCUGUGGUCACACCUCAGUUUGCGUAUGUCUCUCACCCACUCUACCAGCGCUCUCCUCCUGCCCACUGCAGCACAGAUGAUGAGGACACAGGGGCACGUAGUCCACCAUUUGAGGUAUCUGAGGGAGAGGAGGACCAUGAUCCACACCUUCCUAGCACAUCCACUAGCAUAACAGGCAACAAAAGAAAAAUGCGUCUAUAUCAGUUCCUUCUGGAGCUGCUCAGAGAUGGGGAUAUGAAAGACUGCAUUUGGUGGGUGGACAGAGAGAGAGGCACCUUUCAGUUCUCUUCCAAACACAAGGAGAUGCUGGCCAGCCGCUGGGGCCUGCAGAAGGGCAACCGCAAGAGAAUGACCUAUCAGAAGAUGGCUAGAGCUCUGCGUAACUAUGGCAAGACAGGAGAGGUCAAAAAAGUCAAGAAGAAACUUACAUACCAGUUCAGUAGUGAGGUGCUGAGAAGGAUGUCAGAGAAGAAAUAUCACUGAGAGAGGAUUUCCACUGCACAGGGCUGCAUGGUGACUACAGAGGCAGGGCUUUUUUCUCACCUUAUUCUCAGGGACUCCACAUACACUAUAUACAGUACAUUUUUGGGCAUGGAGUGUGAUUUAGAAGUUUGCUUCCUACUGCACUCAACCAUGGAAACUAAAAAUAUUUCAAAAUGAUAUAAAGAAUGACAAGUUUUAUAUUCCCGAAAGGUCUAAAGACAGAUGUGGAUUAUUAGGGGAAACUGGAAAACUACUAGCAGGUAAUGGGAGUUAAAGGUCUUUUAAAAGUGGAUUAGGGAACUUGGCAUAUACUGUCCCCUACAGGCUUAACAAAUACACUGCACAAACAAAAUCUCAUAUUUUUUAGCCAUCUUUGAUUUUUUUAAUCAAUACAGUUUAAACAGCAAUAACACAAAAGAAGAUAUUACAUGUAUACACCUUUUAUUUAUAUUUUUAAAUAAUGAUGUAUAACUUCCAAAGUAACAGGCUUUUUGGUAGUUCGCUGACAUUUGAAAUGGAAGAAAUCCUAUUUCAAUAAAAU